AAACACCCCUCCCUAGCCGGCCUUGUCGGUGACGAAAAUCUCCGGAGAGGAAACAUCCCUCCCUAGCCGGCCUUGUCGGUGACGAAGAUCUCCGGGGAGGACGGGUCCGACUCCUUGCCGGUGAGGCCGUCGAUGUCGGGGCGGGUGGCGCGCAGCCAGCCGAGGACGUGGUCGAAGCUGCGGUUCUCCAUGACCACCACCACCACCGUCUUGACGGGGGAGUGGAUCUCGCGCUUCUUGCGCCGCCGCUUCAGUCGCGGGCCGUGGUGGCCCCCGCCGUCCAGGCAGUGCGCGGAGACCAUCAGGGCCAGCAGGAGGAGGGCGACGAGGAGGCGCCGCUUUCCGGCGGCGGCCAUGGCGCCAGAGCGGCUCACGACGGCGCCGGAGCAGGCGCAGUCCAUCACCCGCACCAUCUUCGACGUUGUCAAGGAGCACGGCCCCCUCACCAUCUCUGACGUUUGGGAUCACAUCAAGGACAUAGGGCUGAGGGUUUGACAAGCAAGAGGCAGAUGAAGAUCAUGCUGCGAUGGAUGAGGGAGAAGCAGAAGCUCAGGCUCAUCUGCGAC